CGGGCCCGGCCGCCGCCAUCUUGUGUCAGUGCGGGUCGGAGGAGGAAGCGGCCAAAGCAGCAGCAGCAGCAGCAGCGCAGAGCAGUGACUCGGCAGCGGCCGCGGCGGGGCCUGACACAGCCUCAUUGAUGUCCAGCUCGCCGUUGUCCAAGAAGCGUCGCUUGUCUGAAUCAGAGACGAAGACGGGUUCAAACUGCUCCUCUGGCAAGUCCGUACAGACUGACCUGCGCGAAGCGCCUGCCAACGGUAUGGCCAAGAAUGGAAAUGAAGCAGACAUUGAUGAGGGUCUUUACUCAAGGCAACUAUACGUGUUGGGUCAUGAGGCCAUGAAACGAAUGCAAAAUGCCAACAUUCUGGUAUCCGGCUUGCGAGGACUGGGGGUGGAGAUUGCCAAGAACAUCAUCUUGGGUGGCGUCAAAUCUGUCACAAUCCAUGAUCAAGGUGUGGCUGAAUGGUCCGAUCUCUCUUCCCAGUUUUACCUGCGUGAAGAGGACCUGGGGAAAAAUCGUGCUGAGUUAUCCCAACCCCGACUGAUGGAGCUCAACUCCUAUGUGCCUGUUACCGCCUACACUGGGCCUCUCAGUGAGGACUUCCUCAGCAACUUCCAGGUAGUUGUUCUCACCAAUUGCUCGUUGGAGGAGCAAUUGCGCAUUGGUGACUUCUGCCACAGUCAGGACAUCAAGCUGGUAGUGGCAGAUACCAAAGGACUCUUUGGCCAGUUAUUCUGUGAUUUUGGUGAUGACAUGGUGGUGACGGACACCAACGGGGAGCAGCCACUCAGUGCAAUGGUUUCUAUGGUUACAAAGGGAAUCCCUGGAGAAGUAACCUGUCUAGAUGAGGCCAGACAUGGCUUUGAGAGUGGGGAUUUUGUUUCCUUCACUGAGGUUGAAGGCAUGAGUGAGCUGAACAGCUGUGAACCCAUGGAAAUCAAAGUGCUUGGUCCCUACACUUUCAGCAUUGGUGAUACUUCCAACUUUUCAGACUAUGUGCGUGGUGGUAUUGUCACCCAGGUCAAGAUGCCAAAGAAGAUUAGCUUUAAAUCUCUGCGCUCCUCCCUGCCCGAGCCAGAAUUCAUUAUCACUGAUUUUGGCAAGUUUGACCGACCAGCUCAACUGCACUUAGGUUUCCAGGGAUUGCAGGAAUUCCAUAAGAAGCAUGGACGGUUUCCUAAGCCCCGUAAUCAGGCAAAUGCUAAUGAAGUAUUAACUUUGGUCAAGGAGCUGAAUGAGCAAGCAAAGCCCCCCCUCAAGCAAGAGCAGUUGAGUGAGGAUGUCAUCAAAGAAUUGGCCUUCCAAGCCACUGGAGACCUGGCACCCGUCAAUGCCUUCAUUGGAGGAUUAGCUGCACAAGAAGUCAUGAAAGCAUGUUCAGGUAAAUUCAUGCCCAUCACUCAGUGGCUCUACUUCGAUGCACUGGAAUGCCUGCCUGAGGAAAACAAGGAUGCCCUGACUGAGGAGAAUUGUAGCCCUAAACACUGUCGCUAUGAUGGGCAGAUUGCAGUCUUUGGCAGUGACCUGCAGGCUAAGCUGGGACAGCAGAAGUACUUUCUGGUUGGGGCUGGUGCCAUUGGCUGUGAGCUGCUGAAGAACUUUGCCAUGAUUGGUCUUGGAUGUGGGUCAGGCGGAGAGGUGAUUGUGACUGACAUGGACACGAUUGAGAAAUCCAACCUCAACCGGCAGUUUCUUUUCCGGCCUUGGGAUGUUACGAAAAUGAAAUCGGACACAGCAGCAGCAGCAGUGAAGGAAAUGAACCCAAACAUCCACAUCACAAGCCACCAAGACCGUGUUGGCCCAGACACCGAGCGUGUUUAUGAUGAUGACUUCUUUGAAAGCCUUGAUGGAGUGGCAAAUGCACUAGAUAAUGUGGAUGCUAGGAUGUACAUGGACCGCCGCUGUGUCUAUUACCGUAAGCCCCUGCUGGAAUCAGGGACAUUGGGGACCAAAGGGAACAUCCAGGUGGUGAUCCCCUUCCUUACAGAGUCCUACAGCUCCAGCCAAGACCCACCAGAAAAAUCCAUCCCCAUCUGCACCCUUAAGAACUUCCCCAAUGCCAUUGAGCACACCUUGCAGUGGGCCCGUGAUGAAUUUGAAGGCCUUUUCAAACAACCCGCAGAGAAUGUCAACCAGUACAUCACAGACCCCAAGUUCAUGGAGCGGACCCAGAAGCUGCCUGGCACUCAGCCUUUGGAAGUAUUGGAAGCUGUCUUCAAGAGUUUGGUGACGGAUCGACCUAAGUCCUGGGCUGACUGCGUAACCUGGGCCUGUAAUCACUGGCACACCCAAUACAGUAACAAUAUCCGUCAGCUGCUGCAUAACUUUCCCCCCAACCAGAAAACGAAUUCAGGGACCCUCUUCUGGUCGGGUCCAAAGCGAUGCCCUCACCCACUCACCUUUGAUAGCAACAAUUCCUUGCACAUGGAUUAUGUGAUGGCAGCUGCAAACUUGUUUGCACAGACGUAUGGGAUCACAGGCACCAGGGACAGAACAGCUGUAGCAGAGCUCCUGCGCCAAGUACAAAUCCCAGAGUUCACUCCCAAGUCUGGUGUUCGUAUCCACAUCUCCGACCAGGAGCUGCAGAAUGCCAACGCCUCAGUUGAUGAUAGUCGACUAGAGGAAUUAAAAUCCUCACUCCCAGGGCCCCAACAACUGCAAGAGUUCAGGAUGUUUCCUGUUGAUUUUGAAAAGGAUGAUGACACAAAUUUCCACAUGGAUUUCAUUGUUGCUGCAUCCAAUUUGCGGGCGGAGAAUUACGAUAUUCCUCCUGCUGACAGACAUAAGAGCAAGCUGAUUGCAGGAAAAAUCAUCCCCGCUAUCGCUACAACGACGGCAGCUGUAGUCGGCUUGGUGUGUCUGGAGUUAUAUAAAAUAAUACAGGGUCACAAACGACUGGAGUCCUUUAAGAAUGGCUUCCUCAACCUGGCAUUGCCUUUCUUUGGUUUCUCUGAGCCUAUUUCUUGCCCCAAAAACAAGUAUUAUAACACUGAAUGGACUUUGUGGGACCGUUUUGAGGUUCAGGGCAUCCAAGCUGAUGGACAGGAGAUGACGCUACGUGAGUUCCUGGCAUAUUUCAAGAAGGAGCACAAGCUGGAGAUAACAAUGCUGUCCCAGGGUGUCUCCAUGCUUUAUUCAUUCUUUAUGCAGCCCGCCAAGCUGAAGGAGCGCCACGACCAACCGAUGACCGAGAUAGUUACCAGAGUUUCAAAGAAGAAGAUUGGCCGCCACGUGAAAGCCCUGGUCUUUGAGUUGUGCUGCAACGACGACAGUGGGGACGACACAGAGGUGCCCUAUGUGCGCUACACCAUCCGCUAGCUGUCUCUUUGCCAGCACCACUCACCUGCCUGCCACGGACUGUUAGUGCGGGGGGAGGGCCCGCCUCCUUCCCCCUCCUGUCACGGUUAAAGUGACUCAAAACAUGAAUAACGUUUUGUACCCCUUUAGGAUGCUCCGCCUCCCCACCCCUUUUUUGUGUUCAUCAGAGCGUGGGAAAUCCUUCGCUUCUGUGUGGGCCCUUCCCUAUGUCCCUUUAGACCUCGCGGUUAUGUCAUGUUCUUGAGGCGCCUUAACCCCCACCUCCCAUCCUGUCCUUUUCCAGUUAAUGUUAGUUGUGUUGUGUUUUGCCUCCUGCACCACCACCUCUCCCUCUCCCUCCGUCACUCACUGGUGUGGGGAGGAGGCUGCACCCGUUCUCAUCCUAUUUGAGGAGAGGGCUCAUAACAAGAAAUGCUCCCACGUGGUCUUCUAAGCACCAGGAGGCCUUGCCCUGGUUGGCUUGUGGGGGUGGGGGGGAGAUGUGAAUGGGCGGAGACCGUAGGUCAGAACUGAUAACAGAAGUAAUUGAGUCAAUAAACGUUUGCAAAAGGCA